CAGCGGCGACGACGACCUUUGAGACUGGGCAGCUCGAGACAUUUAGGGUCCCUUGCACGUCUCGUUCUGAGAAAUAAUCCUAAACGGUGACGCAGACUUGCAGCGACUGCCUUUGAGUGGAUUCACAUAGCAUGUGAAGUCCAGGUGGCUGAGUUUGGCGUGGGAAAUCUGCCAGGGCCUGGGGCUGUAAGGCAGGAAGCCCUGCGAGGAUGACCUCCAUUUCAUUGCCAGGGUUUGGCAACGUGCCGGUCAUUGCCGUGAGCUCGACCAGCUUCGACGAGGAGUUUGUGGCUCCAGGGUUUGGAUCCGACGAUGAUGAGCCGAUCUUCCUCAACCCCUCGCAGCGCCGCCUGCGGUCCAACAUGUUCGGCCCAGCCGGCUUCGGCGCCGGCGCCGGUGGACUGGGCAUGCUCACGAGCCUCAUGAUGGGCGGGGCCGGCGGCGGCUUUGGCGGCGGCUUUGGCGGCGGUGGCAGCGCCGGCGGUGGGGGCCUAUUUAGUGGCGGUGGUGGCGGCGGCGGCAGCAUCUUUGGUGGCGGCGGGGGCCUGAGGAUGCCCACCGGCCCGCCUGCGGGGCUGCCGCCCGGAGGCAGCCAGUUCGCAGCCCACCCCGGCGGCCUCGGGCACCUCGGGACCGGAGCAGGCGCGGGCGCGGGCACGGGUCGGGUUGGCCGCGGCGGCGGCGGCGGCGGCAGUAGUAGAGCCCUGCCGCCGCCGCCGCCGCUGGCCCAGCCAUUGGCGGCGGCGCAGGCUCAGGGGCAGGGGCAGGGGCAGAGCCCGGGGCGCUUCAGCAGCGGCAACCCCUUCCCUGGCGGCGGCCCGUUUGCGGAGGCGUGGGAGGCAGCUAACGGCGGUGCUGCUGCGGGUGCUGCGGGUUCCUCUGGCGGUGGCGGUGGCGGUGCUGGUGGCGGCGGCGGGGCACGUGGGGGUGCGGCUGCUGCCACUGCAGCCAUUCCUUCGUCCUCCACGUCAUCCCGGUUUGUUGGGACCUCGUCCACGGACGCCUGGGGGCCCGGGGGCGGUGGCGGCGGCGCAGCUGGCAGCGGCUCGCCAGGUCUGAUGGAUGUGCACAACCGGGUGUCACGGCUGGCAGGUCCACGAGUUGGCGGCGGCCGCGGGGUGGGCGCGGGGGGCGGAGGCGGGGGCGGGGGCAAUGGGCUGUGGCGCGCGUGGGGUUACGCGGACCCGACCACCUCUGAAGAGGAGGAAGAGGCGGACGAGGAGGAGGAGGGCGAGGGCGACAGCUCGGAAUGGGAGACGCUGCCAGACGGGGAGAACGAGGCAGAGUACCAGCGGCUCCUCGACCCGGGGUGGCACAGCCGCGAGCACACAGCGCAGGACAACGCGGCGCCGGCUGCAGCAGCCGGAGGAGACGGCGGCGGCGCUGGCAGUAGCAGGAACAGUAGCCGGGUACCAGGGCCCUCGGCGGCAGUAGCCGCGGCGAGGACUGUGGCAGGCGGGGGCCGGGGCGUCGACGACGAUGCUGAGAAGGUGGAGGAUAAAGAAGACGAGGAUGGUGAGGAUGAUGAGGAUGAUGACGACAUGCCGCGGCUCCUCAUGUCAUCUGGAGAUGACAGCGAAGGCUGUAGCAGGAGGGGACGCCCUGCGCGGGCCGCGCAUGCAGCCGGCGCCAGCGCGGCGGCCAGCAGCAGGCGGGGGCCAGCGGCUUCGGCGGCGUCAGCGGCGAGGGCGGGCGGGCAUCGGUUGCAGGGUGACGACGCCGGGGAGGGUCGGGGCUGCGCAGCCGGGAGCGAGGAGGAGGAGCCGCUACUGCCGGGGGCAGGCGGCGGCAGUAGCAAUCGGCGGCGGAGGCGCGGCAGUAGCAGCAGCAGUAGUAACGCGGCUUGGCCGGCAGUCUCGGCAAAACAAACCCGCCAGCCGCCGCCGGCGGGGCGCGCAGCGCCGGCUGCAGCCACAGCCGCCACAACCGCAGCUGCAGCAGGGGCAUUGGCGGCAGGGGAGGGGUCUGCAGCAGUAGCAGCAGCGCCGGCAGCAGGGCUGUCGGCAGUAGCAGUGCCGGCGGCUGUGGCGGUGGCGCACCGGCGGCGCGACGGCAUGGCUUGGUCGCUUGCGCGGCUGGCGCUUGGGCUGGUGCUACUGCCGCUGCGGUUUUUGAUGCGCGCCGCCGGCCUUUCGGGUUCUAGGGCAGCUGGCCGUUCGGGUUCUGGGGCGGCGCCGCCGCAGGCUGUGCAUCCCGCAGCGCCCCCCGCGAGUGGCAGCAGCAGCGGCAGCGGCGCGAGGGAGGAGCAGCACCUGCUACUGCGCACGCAGGUCAGCGGCAGUAGCCAACAGCAGCUAUACGACGCAGGCGGGGGCCUGCACCGCUCGCGGUCCGCGGCGGCGCUGCGGCUGGCGCGCACGGCGGCGGCUGUAGCAGCUGCGGGGCCGGUGGUGGUGCGGGGGUGGGCCGGCCGCAACAGCGGCUCGGUGCGCGCUCUGCCGGCGGCGGCAGCAGAACCUGCAGUAGCGGCGGUAGCACUUGCAGCUACGGCAGCGGCGGCAAGGGAGCCGACGGGCACAGUGUCGGCUCCAGGGGGGCCGGCAGUAGCAGCCGCGGAGCCAGCGAGCCCCGGCCCGGUAGCGGCAGUAGCAAGCAACAGCGGCGACGCCGUCGCCGCCGCCGCGGGAUUCCGCGCCGCGUUCCUGCAUGACCGCCUGGCUGUAGCCGCCAGCCGCAGUGCCGCUCCUGUUACAGCCGCUGAGGCAGCGGCGACGCCGCCGCUACAGCAGGCGGCGCGAGUGCGCGAUGGUGGCAGUAGCAACGUAGCAGCGGCGCCGCUGCCGCCGCCGCCGCUGCCACCGCUGGUGCCGCUGCCUGAGCCGGUGACCGCGCCCCGGCGACAGGGGCGGCCGCGGCUGGCCUGGGCCGCUGGCGGCGCCGCCGCCUCUGCCGGCAACAUGUACCGUACUGCCGGCGGCGGCCGCGGUGGCGGCGGCGGCAGCGAGGCUGGCUCUUCCGGAGAUGACAGCAGCACUGCCAAGCGGACCCGCGGCGGCGGCGGCGGCGGCGGCGGUGGCGGCGGUCUGACGGGGCGUGGGCAUGCCGCCGUCCGCCGUGGCGGGAGUGCAGGCGGUGGUGCAGAUGACGGGGUGGUGGUGGUGGAAGAGGAGGAGGAGGACGACGAGCAGCAGCAGCGGGCUGCGCCGGCGGCGGCGCGGGCGGGGCGGUGGGCGACCGCGCGGCCGCACUCGCCCAGCCGCGGGCGUCAGGGCCGCGCCUGGCUCCACACGGAGGAGUCUGUGUCGGAGGCGUCAGAGGCGGAGGCGUCAGAGGCGGAGGCGUCAGAGGCGGAGGCGUCAGAGGCGGACGAAGGCAGUCCUGAGGACGUGGGCGUGGGGACGGAAGUGGGAGACGGGCGCGACCAGGUGUCGCCGCCUGCGGCGUCGCCGGCGCCUACGGCGGUGGCGAUCGGGCCGGGCCAGGCGCCCAACCAGCGCUACCCGUGCCCGCACUCGCACCCGCACGCGCUGCCUCACGUGCACCGGCGUCGGCUGUCCGUGCCGCCCUUCCCCGCCGCUCCCGAGCUCGACGGCGGCGUGUUUGACGACUCUGUCUGCAUCGGCAGUACCACAUGCAGCAGCAGCGGUGGCGGAGGCGGAGGUGGAGGCGGCGCCGGCGUUAAUGCCGCUGCCGGCAACGCUGCCACUGCCGCUCCUCACAGAGCGGCGCAGCUGGUGGCGGCGCCGGCGGACGAGGUGGCUGAGGCGGCGGCGGCCGCCGCGGCCGCCGCGGCUGCGGCGCUGCCGCCGCCACCUGCCCGCGCACAGUCGCUGUCGCUGCCGCUGUCGCAGUCGCCGUCGCUGCCGCCGUCGCCCGCCACUGGCUCGUCGCCGCUGCAGACGCUGCUGGACAUGGCAGAUGACGACCGAAUGGAUGUGGACUCAUUCCUCUACGCUGCCUCCGCCACACUGCGCGCCGCCGCUGAGGCUGUGGCGGCGGACGCGGCGGCGGCGGCGUCGAGCAGUAACGAUGGCUCGGCGCGGAUGGCGUCGUCUCGUGGGUACGGCUCGGGAUCUGGAACCGGAUCCGGAUGCGGGUCUGGGAUUGGAUCCGAGAGGGACAGCGGCCGCGGCCGGCGGCGGUAUGCCCGGCGCACGGGCAGCGGCAUGAGUGGCGUGAGCAGCAACGGCGGUCGCUCCGCCCCCGCUGGGGCUGCGGUUGCGGAUGAGGAGGGUGCGCUGCCGCCGCCAGUGGCGGCGCCGGUGGUGCCGGCGGCGGUGGAGGUAGCGGCGGCGGCGGCGGCCGCAGUCAAUGCAAUUUCGGUCGCGGGGGCGGAGCAGCGGCAGCAAGAGGAGGAUGGGCAGGAUUCGGACUCGAUGCCAGGGCUUGCGUACUCUUCCUCGGACAGCGAGCAGCGGCGGGAGCGGCGGCGGCGUGGCGUGGGGUCGCUCGGGGUCAAUCUGCCCGAUGAUUGCGAUGGCGAUGGCGACGACAACGUGCCCGCUCUCAUGCACAGCGACGACGACGAGGAGCCGUGGGGCCGCCGCGCAGCGGCGGCGGCGGCGGCGGUGGCGGCGGGAGCCGCGGCGGCGGCGGCGGCGCUGCCAGCCGCCGCUGGCGCGGCCGCUGGCGGCGGGCGGCGCUCCGCACCUGUCGGCCUGGGCGGCUCCUGGCUGGCGCGCAGCGCUGUGCAUGACCCCUGUGCCGCCGCUGCUGCUACUGCUGCUGCUGCUGCUGGUGGCGGCGGCGGCGGCGGCUGUGCCGGUGGCGGUGCUGGCGGCGCGGCGGCUGUGCAGCGGCUGCUGGGGGAGGAGGAGGAGAAGGAGGGCAGCGAUGAUCACAGCAAUGGCAAUGAUGGUGACAGUGAUGAUGACAGCGACGAUGAGGUGCCGCCGCUCGCGCCGCCGUCCGAUGAGGAGGACACGGACACGGACACGGACACGCAUGCGGAUGUGCUGUCCGAGGAGGAGGGGGUGGAUGGGCGCCUGCGCGGGGCGGACGGCGAUGGCGUCCCUGACCAUGACGGGGAGGAGGCGUGUUACCAUGAUGAGGAUUUCGAAGACGAGGAUGAGGGGGAGGAGGAGGAGGAGGAGGAGGAGGACGAAGAAGACUAUGAGGAGGAGGAUUAUGAGGAGGAGGAGGACGAGGAGGCGUCCGGCGAGAGGAGCGAGUCAGUCGACGCCAUGCCACCCCUGGCGUUCUCGGACUCGGAUUCGGAUUUCGAAAUGGAGCUGCGGCGGGCUCCGGCCGCGCCGGUGGAUCUGGAUCCGAAUCAUGACGGCCACGUUGAUGGCGGUACUGGAAGCGACAUCUCCUCGGAUCUGGAUUCGGAAUCCAAUGACUCCAUGCCGCCGCUCGUGCGCCUGGGCCCGGGUGGCACCGUGGAGCAGGUGCCUGUUGACGAGGAGGAGGAGGCGGCGGCGCGGCGGCGGCGGCGGCAGGAGCGGCGGGCGGAGCGGCGGCGGCGCCUGCAGGCCGGCCUGCAGCCAUUGGGCUCCCCAAGCAGGGCCAUCGCUGGCGGCAGCGGUGCAGGUGGCGGCGGCGGCGGCGGCGGCGUGCACCUGAUGGAUCUGUCGGCGGCGGCGGAGGCGGUCCUGGAGGCGCUCUAUCCAGCCAUGAUGGAAUCUGCCGCCCAAGCCACAGGCGGCGGCGGCGGCGGCAGUGGCCCCCGCCUGAACCGCUACGCGGGUGGACGCGUGGACCUGCCCGCUGGCAGCUCCCUCCUCGACGCCCUCGUCCGCCCCGACGGCGCCAGCGGCCCCGGCGGCCCCGCCGUUGGCGGCGGCGCCGGCGCCAGCCGAAUCUUCAGCUUCACCAUCCCCGCCACCGGAGGUGGCGGCGGCGGCGGCGGCGGAGCCGCCGCCGCCGGCGGGGCCGGCGGAGGCGGCACCGCCACCGCCGGCGGCUCGGUGCGUCUGCACGUGGGCGGCGUGCACGUGUCCACCAGCUGGCGCAGCUAUCUGCCGCCGGAGGAGUACGGGCGCGGCGGCGUGGGGCCCAACGACACGCCGGGGCUGCCAGGGACCUACGAGGCGCACGAGAUACCGGCGUGGGCGGCGCGGUUCGCGCCGCAGCGGCCGGUGGCGGCGGCGGUGCCGGCGGCGGCGGCUGCGGCUCCGGCUGCGGCGGCGGCGGCGGCGCAGGCGCAGGCGGCUGGAACCCACGAGGCGGCGGCGGUGGGGCCGUUGGCAAGUGCGCGUGGCGCCGGCGGCGGCAGUGGUGGCAGCGGUGCUGGUGGUGCGGGCGUAGGGGCAGGUACUUCCGGACGUCGGGAUGGCAUCGGCGGCCGCGCUGCGCCCGAAGGCGGCGCCGACAACGCCGCGCUGGGCCCGGUGGAUGCAGCAAUGGCGGCGGCAUUUCUGGAGCAGCUGUUUGGGCCGCUAGGCGAAAUGCCGUACGGCGGCGGCGGCAGCGGUGCAGGUCGCUCCAGUGGCAGCGAGCAGGAGGAGGAGGAUGACAGUGACAAUGACAGUCUGCCGCCGCUGCUGUCGCCUGAUGAAAUAGGUGCGCCGUUGCCGCCGUCGGCGGCGGCGGCGGCGGCGGCGGCGGCGGCGGCGGCGGCGGGGGGCGGCCGUGGGGGUGCAGGUCAUGGCGCAAGCGGCGUUUCGGGCCGAGCGCCAGCGCCGCCUGCCGCGCCCGCUGUUGCGGGCGGUGCCGCCGCCGCCCCUGCUACAGCCGGUGCGGCUGCAGCGGGUGCGGCUACAGCUGGCGGCGGUAGCAGCAGCAGCAGCGCCCCCGGCGUUCCCUACCGCCACGACCGCAGCAGCCGCAGUGGCGGCGGCGGCGGCAGUAGCAUCAUGCAGCUUGGCGCUGCCGCCGGCGCCGCCACCACUCUGGUUAUAACGCCGCCGAGCAUCGACGAGGAAGAUGAGGAUGCCGCGUCGCACCGCCGCCGCCGCCGCCGGCGGUACACUGCUGGUGCCGGCGUCGACGGCGCCGGCGCUGGAGGCGCCGACGGCGCCAGUGACAUCAGCAGCAGCAGCGCUGACGUCAGCGGCGCUUCCUCCGCAGCCAGCUCUGAGGCGCCGGUGCCGCUGCUGACUGGGUCGCCGCAGCUGCCUUACCCGCCCUCGCACUACACCGGCAGCGAAGGCGAGGAGGAGCGGGAAGGGGGGAGUGGCGAGGAGGGUGAAGGCGAGGAGGAGGAGGAGGAGGAGCGGGAGUCGUAUGAGUUCACAGAGGAGGAGGUGGAGGGCUAUGAGGAGAAUGCGGUGGUGCAGCGGUCGGCGACAGGGGCUGCGGGGGCCGAUGGGGAGCGGGAGGGCGAGGAGGAGAAGGGCGUGGAGGAGCAGGAGGCGGAGGAGGAAGAAGAGGAGGCGGUCUCAGACGAUGGCGAUGCGUUUGAGCUGCCGCCCAUGGACCCUCCCAGUGACUACGCCUCUUCAGAGGAGUCGCCGCAAUGGAGGCCGCGGCAACGUCAGCGGCUUGGCUCGCCGGCGAUCGCGGCAGCAGCGGGGGCCAGAGCUGCACGGGCGGAGGCGGCUGCAGAUGCCGCUCCCCGCGCAGCCCUGCGGCAGCCAGUGCCGACGGCGCCGGUGGCGGCGCCGGCGCCGCUGCCACCCCUGGCCGCGCGCAACAGCGCAGGGCCGCUGCUUCAGGGCGUGGCCGCCGCCGCUGAGGCCGCCGCCGCCGGGCCGGGAGCGCGCAGCCAGCGCGGCGAGAGCGCGCCUGCGAGCGUGCCGCUGCCGCCCAUGCCACCGCCGCCGCCGCCGCCACUCUCGCCGCCACUCCCGGCAGCGGCGCCACGCGAGGACGCGGGCUCGGACGGUGCCGUCGCUGCCGCAGGCGGCGAUGGCGGCGCGGCCACAGGCGCCGCACCAGCCACUGGCGCCGGCGCUGCCAGCGCCGAAGGCGACAGCAGCAGUACAGCCGGCGGCGCAGCCGCCGCCGCCGCCGCCGGCGCGGCGGCCGCCGCUGGCGGCGGAGUCGGCAGUGGCCUGCCGGGGGCGGGUCACGGCCCGCGGCCGCGGCGCAACGCAAUGACCUUCACGCUGUCCGACAUGCUGCGAGCGCGCAACGCCGUGGAGAGCAGCGGCGGCGUGUGGGGCGCCCAGAACGGCAGCAGCAACAGCGACAGCAGCGCCGCUGCAGCCACAGCCACGGCUGCUACAGCUGCUACAGCCACCUUCUCUGGCAUGGGCGCCGCCAUUGGCGCCGCCGCGCCGGGCAGCUACAGCCACGCCCGCCGCGUGCCCACCCUGCCGCCGCCGCCCGCGCCGUCACGCCCACUCUUCGCACCCUUGCCCUCGCCCGCGCCAGCCCCAUUCUCAUCCCGAGCAAGCGGCACCGCCGCCACCGGCAUAAUAGCCGCCGCCGCGUCCUCCUCCUCCCGGUUGCUGCCGGUGGCUGUAGCACGGCGGCCGGUGCCCAGCGCGGCUGUAGCACUGCUGCUGGAUGACGACGCCUUCAUUGAGGGUGUUUUGGAGGGCCUGCCGGGGGUAGAGGUGCGGCCGGCGGCACGUUGUGUGCGCGAUCUGGUUCGGCGGCUGGCGGCGGACGCGGCGCUGGGUGCGGAUCCCGUGAGGGACCCGUUUGGGCCCUACUUUGACUCUGCGUUUUGAGCGGAGCGGCAACGGACGGAGCUGGCGUGGUAGCGAUAGCUUGUGUGCGCUGGGAUAGAACACGAGCAAGGGCACACACGGGAUAUGGUGUGUGCGGUGCGGUGCGUGUUUGUGCGUGUGUUGCUGUGUGUUUGCGUUUGCUGCGGCAGCACAGACGCGCUCGGAGGGCUAGGAAUGUGGUCUGCACGACCAGCGCGCAUUUCGUGGAGUGGAGAAGGCCUGGAGGCGACCCCUUCGGCGCAAUGCCAGCAGUAGUAAUGAAGAAACUGUUUGUGUUACGGACGCGUGUCUGCAAUAAGAUACCGUGCAGGUGUGUGGCAGCCGCUUUUUUGUAGCUUUCUGUAGUAGUAGGAGCUGGGACGUUUUGUUGUUUUAGUGCGCGCCAUGCGCAAAGGCUUGUGCAUCAGUGAGGUAGGUAGAAGGGGACGACAAAUGCACAGCAUGCGGGCACUGCCCCGCGCCCUGCAUUCCUAAACUUCUGCGCUGCCUGCAAACAAGAAAUGCCCAUACUUACACACCGUGCGCCUGUGUGGGUGCGUACGCAUGGGCGCGGACGCAGUCCUAAUGCGCCACAACAUCACGGGGACGUCGUGAGGGCGCGCCAAUACGAGAGAGGUUUGGCAAUUUGUAUCCCCGAGCACACGUACGCGCGAUGGAGCUUGCGUAGCGCGAAGCUGGAAGGCUGUUUGGGUGCACGAGGGUGAUACGGUACGGUUCUCGCGGCGGUUUUCUGCAGUCGUCGGUUCGUGAGGCAGCUCGGCUGCAGGCUGGGCGGAAGAUUUGGCCCUCCGGCACGGCCCAGGAGCAGGGCCCCUGGCGGCCCGGCCAGAAGCAUCUCGCACCGAACCGUAAUCCCAUAA